GGUGGCUUUUGCCCUGCUGCGCCGGAAGUGGCGCGCAGCCCGACAACUCCUCAUGGCGGCGGCGGUGGCUGGCUGGGCGCGGCCGUGUGCUCACUGAGCUGCGAACCUGGCGGGCGUACUCCGAGCCGUCCCGGCUUCCCCGUUCCUGCCGGGUUCCAUACCCCUGAUGCUGCGUGGGUGCUGAGCCCGCCCCUGCUGGGACGAUGGUGAAGUAUUUUCUGGGCCAGAGCGUGCUCCGGAGUUCCUGGGACCAAGUGUUCGCUGCCUUUUGGCAGCGGUAUCCUAAUCCCUAUAGCAAGCAUGUCUUAACUGAAGACAUAGUACACCGGGAGGUGACCCCUGACCAGAAGCUCCUGUCUCGGAGACUCCUGACCAAGACCAACAGGAUGCCCCGCUGGGCAGAGCGACUGUUUCCUGCCAACGUUGCUCACUCGGUGUACAUCCUGGAGGAUUCUAUCGUGGACCCACAGAACCAGACGAUGACCACCUUCACCUGGAACAUCAACCAUGCCCGGCUGAUGGUGGUGGAGGAACGAUGUGUUUACUGUGUGAACUCCGAUAACAGCGGCUGGACCGAAAUCCGCCGGGAAGCCUGGGUCUCUUCCAACUUAUUUGGUGUUUCCAGAGCUGUCCAGGAAUUUGGUCUUGCCCGGUUCAAAAGCAAUGUGACCAAAACUAUGAAGGGUUUUGAGUACAUCUUGGCUAAGCUGCAAGGUGAGGCCCCUUCUAAAACCCUUGUUGAGUCAGCCAAGGAGGCCAAGGAGAAGGCAAAGGAGACGGCAUUAGCAGCUACAGAGAAGGCCAAGGACCUGGCCAGCAAGGCAGCCACCAAGCAGCAGCAGCAGCAGCAGCAGUUUGUGUAGGCAGCCCAGACCUUGCUGCAGAAGCACGCCAGACCACCCGCUUGAAUCCCUCUGCUUCCCCUUGUACUUAUUAUUAAAAGUCAACUUCCAGCCCUAUCUACUGUCUGGGUGCCGCCCAGGGGGUGGUGGUGUCCUAUUUGGCAUCCACAGUGCACCAGGCAUGGUAUCCCGUGUCUGAGCCCGGCCUGCUUAUUUCCCUUAACUGGGCAGCUGUGGACAGAUCCCCCUGGGUGGAGCUACUCGCCCAGUGUCACAGGCAGCAUGCAGGUAAAGUGGUGAGACACUAGACUGUAAGCUCCAUGAGGGCAGGAACCUUUUGUUUUGUUCUCUGAUGUGUCCCAAUGGAACAAUACCUGGCACAUAACAGGCACUCAAUAAAUACUUGUUGAAUUCA